CAGUUUACCGCCAACGCUUGCAUGGGUUUCAUGUCAACCGACACCACGACGGUUACUGUCCGUUAACGUAAACGUCAAAUUUUAAUAAUUCUUCUUUAAUAAACUUGACAGUGUGACUUAUUGUACAAAAAAAGGAGGUCAUAAUCGUUCGGAAACUUGCGUCAUAGAUUCACAAGUGAUAGAUAAGGUGAUAAGCGGAAUCGAUAUAUGUUUUUUUUUUUUAAUAUAGUACAAAGUUUGGGAGUUUUCGUAAAGUGAUGCAGCGGGAAUGUGCAUUGUCGGAUGUAUUAUAAUCGAGUUUUGGCUUGAACGAGAUACCUGCGUCCGGUGUCCGUGCAAGGCGUGAUGGAGCACGCCCUACAGCAUCGGGAGCGAGUGGGCGUGCAGGACUUUGUGCUGCUCGAAGACUUCCGAUCCGAGGCAGCCUUCAUUGACAACUUGAAGAAACGAUUCCACGAGAACAUUAUUUACACCUACAUCGGAAAUGUGCUGAUUUCCGUGAAUCCAUACAAGAACCUGCCGAUCUACACAGAGGAAAAACAAAAAUUAUAUUACAAGAAAGCCUUCUUUGAAGCUCCACCGCACGUAUUCGCUAUUGCCGAUAACGCGUACAGAUCUUUGAUAUAUGAACAUAGAGAACAAUGCAUCUUGAUCUCAGGUGAGUCUGGAUCUGGUAAGACUGAAGCAUCCAAAAAGGUUCUUGAAUAUAUCGCAGCACGUACCAACCACUUGCGCCACGUGGAAAAUGUCAAAGAUAAGCUGCUACAAAGUAACCCCUUACUGGAAGCCUUCGGUAAUGCCAAGACACACAGAAAUGACAACUCCAGUCGAUUCGGCAAGUACAUGGACAUUCAGUUCAACUACGAAGGAGCUCCCGAAGGCGGACACAUCUUAAACUACUUGCUGGAGAAGUCGAGAGUAGUUAGCCAGAUGUCCGGUGAAAGGAACUUCCAUAUCUUCUACCAGUUACUCUCUGGUGGUGAUCAGGAACUGUUGAAGCACUUGAGACUACAGGGAACGCCAGAAGUUUACAAAUACACAACUGACAUGGUUACUCCAAAUAGUCAGAAGAUGAAUGACGCGGAACAAUUCCGAACUGUCAGAGAAGCGAUGAAGAUUAUCGAGAUAGCAGAAAAUGAGCAAACUGAGAUGUUUGAGAUAGUUGCCAGUGUGUUGCACCUUGGGAACGUGAAGUUUGUGCAAAACGAUAAGGGCUACGCUGAGAUACUUAAUCACGACGCUAAUAGUGGAAACGUCGCUGAGCUUCUAAAACUAAAUACAACUAAACUUCGAGAAGCCCUUACCAGCCGCACCAUAGAGGCUCGUGGAGAUGUGGUCACCACACCCCUUGACCUAGAACAGGCGAAAUACGCACGAGAUGCGCUCGCCAAGGCUUUGUAUGAAAAGCACUUUAGAUGGCUCGUCUCCAGAGUCAACUCCGCGUUGGCGCCCAAGGAAAAAGAUCCGCGUGCGUCUGUAAUUGGAAUACUUGACAUUUAUGGAUUCGAGAUUUUCCCGAAGAAUAGCUUUGAACAAUUCUGCAUCAACUUCUGCAAUGAAAAACUACAGCAGCUUUUCAUCCAGCUGACUCUAAAGUCAGAACAGGAGGAGUACCUCCGAGAGGGCAUCGAAUGGGAACCGGUCGAGUAUUUCAAUAACAUCAUCAUUUGUGAUCUCAUUGAAGAAAGACAUAGAGGUAUAAUAUCGAUCCUGGAUGACGAAUGUCUCCGUCCCGGAGACGCAACAGACCUCAGCUUCUUGGAGAAGUUGUCUCAACGUCUGGACGGACACGCGCACUACAAAUCACAUCAGAAGGUCGACUCGCGAACCCAGAAACUAAUGGGACGUGAUGAGUUCUGCCUGGUCCACUACGCAGGCGAUGUGACGUACAACGUCAACACCUUCAUAGAAAAAAACAACGACUUGCUGUUCCGAGACUUGCAAAGCGUCAUGGCGUCCAGUGGAAACAACAUCGCCGGGGAUUGCUUUAAGGACCUGAACCUGGCAAGCAAGAAGCGCCCAGAGACAGCCAUCACUCAAUUCAAGAACUCAUUGAAUGAACUAAUCAAGAUCCUGAGCAGCAAAGAGCCGUCCUACAUCCGAUGCAUCAAGCCCAAUGAUUUCAAAACUCCAAUGCACUUCGACGACAAGCUGGUUUCGCAUCAAGUGAAGUACCUCGGGCUGAUGGAGAAUCUGCGCGUGCGUCGCGCCGGCUUCGCGUACCGACGGACGUACGAAGCGUUCCUCGAACGAUACAAGUGCCUGAGCCCAGACACUUGGCCUAACUUCCGCGGUCCCGCCAGAGAAGGCGUCCAGAAACUCGUCGAAGCGAUGAGAUACGAAAAGGAGGAGUUCAGAAUGGGCAACACAAAGAUCUUCAUCCGGUUCCCAAAAACUCUAUUUGAUACCGAAGACGCAUAUCAAAUUAAAAAGAACGACAUAGCCACUAUAAUCCAGAGCCGCUGGCGAGGUUAUAGUCAGCGAAAGCAGUAUCUCAAGAUGAGAGCAGCUGCUAUCGUCAUUCAGAAGUGGGUCAGGAGGUUCCUAGCUCAGAAGCUCAAGGAGAGGAGACGGAAGGCGGCUGACGUCAUCAAGGCCUUCAUUAAAGGUUUUAUCACCCGUAACGGACCGGAGACCGCGGAAAACCGUCGUUUCCUCGGCAUAGCCAAGGUGCACUGGCUGAAGCGCCUGUCGACGCGUCUGCCGAGCCAUUUGCUGGACAUGUCGUGGCCGGCGUGCCCCGCCACCUGCCAGCAGGCGUCCCGCGAGCUGCAGCACAUGCACCGCCGACACCUGGCCAGGAAGUACCGGCUCGCCCUCUCGCCGACUGACAAGAAGCAGUUCGAGCUCAAGGUGCUGGCCGAGAAGAUGUUCAAGGGAAAGAAGAACAGCUAUCCUAGCAGCAUACGCGAGAGGUUCGUCGACGACCGCCUGUCGGAGGAGCAGCGCGCGUUGCGGGGCACCUUCAUGGCGUCCCCGGCGUGGCCCGCGGGCGAGAAGUUAAUUUACUCGUGCGAGGCGGUGAAGUACGACCGGCGCGGCUACAAGCCCCGCGCGCGCGCGCUGCUCGCGUCCGACGCCGCGCUGUACGUGCUGGACGCCGCCGCGCGCAAGACCUACAAGCUCAAGCACCGCCUGCCGCUCGACAAGCUGCGCGUCGUCGUCACCAACGAGACCGACGAGCUCGUGCUCGUCAAGAUCCCGCAGGAGCUCAAGAAGGACAAGGGUGAUCUGAUAAUCUCCGUGUCGCACAUUAUCGAAGCACUCACCAUCGUCACCGACUACACCAAGAAACCCGAGCUGAUCGAGAUCGUAGACACGAGGACAAUUGCGCAUAAUUUGGUGAAUGGCAAACAAGGAGGAACCAUCGAAGUGACCAACGGCCCGCAACCCGCUAUCCAGCGUGCCAAGAGCGGAAACUUGCUUGUGGUUGCCUCUCCAUAAAGUGCCAGUAUUAAAAAGAAGUCGCUAUUCAUUUUUUAUUCGCCAUAUUGAUUUUUUAUUGCAGUCAUUUUAAAUAUAAAAAUAAUUAUAAUUUUAAUUUAUUCAUAAUUUGAAGUUGAAUUGUCCAUAUUAAAUUUUAUAUUAAUUAUUAAAAUAGCUUGUUUCGUAUGUUUCUUUCUGUA